UUGAGGAUUGAGCCAAAUAGAGGCGCGUGAAAAAUUGGAAAAAGGCGCGUGGAGUCUGAAAUAGAUUUCAGCAGAGCAUCGGAGCUCCAUAAUAACAACAGUACGCAUCAUCAUCCUCCUUCGUCCUCUUCACCUUCACCCAUCUCUCUCUCUCUCUCUCUACAAUGAGCUCCGUCUCCAUCUCUGCCAUUUGAGCUUAUUCUCACUGCAGCUAUGGUGGCGAUGAAAUGAAGGACCGCCAGCGCUGGCAGCCGGAAGAAGACGCACUCCUACGAGCCUACGUCAAGCAAUAUGGCCCUAAAGAAUGGAAUCUCAUCUCUCAGCGUAUGGGGAAACCUCUCCAUCGCGAUCCUAAAUCCUGUCUGGAGCGCUGGAAGAAUUACCUUAAACCUGGCUUGAAGAAAGGCUCCCUCUCUCCCGAGGAGCAGACUCUCGUCAUCUCUCUUCAGGCUAAGUACGGCAAUAAGUGGAAGAAGAUCGCUGCCGAGGUUCCCGGCCGUACGGCCAAGCGCCUCGGCAAGUGGUGGGAGGUUUUUAAAGAGAAGCAACUUAAGAAGUUGCAGAAGGCGCAAAACCUAACGCAGAGGCGCGAUUACCAAAAUUCCGACGGGAAUCUUUCGAUCUCCGGUGUUUCCUCGCCGGAGAAGGCGCUACAAGGUCCGUACGAUCAUAUUUUGGAAACCUUCGCUGAGAAGUACGUCCAGCCGAAGCUCUACUCCACCGCGUUUCAAUCUCCUCCUCCUCCCCCGCCGUUGGCCAACUUGAUGCCUCGCCUUCCCGUCCCCGACGCUGAUCCGGUCCUCUCGCUCGGAUCCGUCAACUCUACGACGUCGUCUUCUAACGUCCUUCCUCUGUGGAUGAACGUCAACUCCACCAGCACCGCUUCGUCUUCCACCUCGUCGACCACGCCGUCGCCAUCGGUGAGUCUCACGCUAUCUCCCUCCGAACCGGUCGUUCUCGACUCGGAAAUGAACCGAUUGUUACCGGUUCAGCAGAUGGGAGCCUUAGUCCUAUACUGCAAGGAGUUGGAAGAAGGGCGCCAGAUUUGGCUUCAACACAAGAAGGAGGCGACAUGGCGACUGAAUCGAUUAGAGCAACAGCUGGAAUCGGAGAAAGCGAGAAAGAAGCGAGAGAAAAUGGAGGAGAUGGAAGCGAAGAUACGGAGGUUGAGGGAGGAAGAAAUGGCGUAUUUGGGAAGAAUCGAAAGCGAUUACAGAGAGCAAGUAAGUGCUAUGCGAAGAGACGCAGAGAACAAAGAGGCAAAGCUGCUGGAAGCCUGGUGCAGCAAGCAUACGAAAUUAACGAAGCUUGUGGAACAAAUUGGAAAUCAGGGUCAAGGGUUGGUUGUUGUAGCUGGGAAUUCGAAGGAUAUGAUCCAUUGAAACCGGUGGAGGAUGGAGCUGCGCUUCAAUGGCUGUCAAUGGCGGUGGAGUUAAAUGCAGGUUGGUUUCUUCUCUCUGUACUGAUUAUUAGCACAGACUGGUUUAUGUUGGGAACAAUUAUAGGCAGAGGAAGAUAAAAAAAAAGUAAUAAAAGGUGAAAACUCAUCUCUCUGUUCCAAAGGGUACCUCCCUACAAACUGUUCUGAAUUUGCUUUUAUUUAUUCAACCAAAUAUAUGUAUCUGUUUCUUUCUUUUUGGUUAAUGUUCUGAUAAUUAUUAAUUGAUCAAAAUAAAAUUUAGAAGAAUUCUAUGUGA